AUGCCGCGCUCGUUCCUGGUGAAGAAGCACUUCUCGGCCAGCAAGAAGCCCAACUACAGCGAGCUGGAGAGCCAGGCCGUUCUGGCCGCCCCGCUGCUGUACGAGACGUGCCCGCUGCCCGUCAUCCCCCCGCCCGAGGUGCUCGGCCCCGGAGCCUACUACCCUCCGCUGGUGUGGGACGCGGGGCUGCUGUCCAGCCUGUUCCCGGGCGGCCCGGGCAGCGAGGCUGCGGGCGGCGCCGCGCCCGCCCUGGACCUGACGGCGCUCUCCAGCGAGGAGGAUGAAGGCAAGAGCUCGGGGCCGCCCAGCCCAGCCUCGGCCCCCGCCGCCGCCGAGCGCUUCCGCUGUGCCCAGUGCGCCAAGGCGUACUCCACCUUCGCCGGGCUCUCCAAGCACAAGCAAUUGCACUGCGACGCCCAGGCCAGGAAAUCCUUCAGCUGCAAGUACUGUGAGAAGGAGUACGUGAGCCUGGGGGCUCUCAAGAUGCACAUCCGGAGCCACACGCUGCCCUGCGUCUGCAAGAUGUGCGGGAAGGCGUUCUCCCGGCCCUGGCUGCUGCAGGGCCACAUCCGGACGCACACUGGUGAAAAGCCCUUUUCCUGUACACACUGCAACCGGGCCUUUGCUGACCGCUCUAAUCUCCGCGCCCACCUGCAGACCCAUUCAGAUGUAAAGAAGUACCAGUGCAAAACCUGCUCCCGGACUUUCUCCCGCAUGUCGCUGCUCCACAAGCACGAGGAGACGGGCUGCUCCGGCUCUCGCUGA